UAGUUCUACAGAAAACACAUUUUAUUUUGAGUUCAUGUUAGUGUACACUUCACACUCGAGUUCUUUUCACAUAUUUGCAAAAUUUCCAAUUUUAGGAAAACUAAAUAUUUUUUAAUAUUUGCAUGCAAACCAGUAAAUCAAAGUGAAGUGAAAAGUACACACACACGCACACCCACCCACUCAUAAAUAAUGCCGCCAAAAGAUAAUUCAGGAAAAGUUAGUGCAAUGCCAAGCGCAACCAGUCAAAAGGCUCCGCCAACUUUUCUCUUUGAUAUGAUUAUAAACCAAUUGAUAUUACCCAAUGAAAAAAUCGACGACCCCAAUAGAUUGACUGUGGAGGGAAAAUUCAAUUCGAUGCCAGUCAAAAUGACAUCCAGUCGCAUAAAUGUUACAGACUUUGUGAAUCAAAGAUCCAUGGAGUUUGUAACGGCUGCAGACAAAUUGCGUAAAUCUCUGGAAGACCAAGGCAUGAGCAUAAGUGUUCUCUACAAUAAUCGAGCUAUAUGCACAGGGCAUAUAGUAUUCCCGUCCAAUUAUAUCGAUCGCAUUGAUGAGGGUAUGUCGGAUCUGAUGCAUGAAGAUUGGUGUGAAUUGGAGAAAAAUAGUGCGGUUGCGGGCAAAAUGAAGUUUAUUUGUCGUUUAAUCAUCAAAUGCGAUGACCCAGAUGGGCUCGAUGGCAGUUGUGCUCGUGAUAUUGACAAAAGCAUUCAUCCCAAGGAUAUCUUCUUUGUCAUGGGCCAGCCUCAGGUCUGUGAGAUUCCAUCAAAUCCCUGCUUAGAUGUCCUUGAGCCGGAAGAGGGUGAUGAACGUCUCAAACUGGAUUUGGACCGAUAUCGCAGUGUUUCUGCAGGCAGAGUUAACACAAAUGACUUGAUGUUGGACCAGCCUGCAUUUAGUGCUGCUUGCUAUGAUCUAAAGAAAUUAGUCACUGAAUAUGGACAGAUUAUUGACUCUGUUGCCAAAAAUACAGCAGAGGUUUCAACUGCUCCACAGCCUUGUGUAGGCCGACCUGAUGCUCCAAUGGAAAUGGAUGUGCCACAAAUGCCUACAAUGCCUACAAUGCCCAGCUUUGUUUAUUACACGGAACAAAAAACUAUUCCUGACUUCCCCAUUGAUGGUAAUCUGGCGGAAACCAAGCCCAUUCGCUUCUGUCCCGUAUGCCUGACUAGUAUGUCCUGGUUACCGAAAUACGCAUGCUGUCCGCAUUGUGGAAUAAAGCCCUUGCCUGUGGUUGAAGAAAGACUUAAAGAAAAGAAGCCUACGGCAGAUCAGAUUCUUUUAGAGUAUCUGGGAAAACCAUCGGAUGGCAGCAUUAAUGACCUGUGUAUGGAUGCCUGCCAAAAGGCCAUGAAGUCCAAAAUUGAGGGAAGUAGCCAGGACGAUUGCCCACCGUGCAGAUGUAAAUGCAAAGCGAAUAAAAUGUGUGCCCACUGUCGUAUACGUAAAGUCUGUGCUGAUAUCUUUCAAAGUAAUAAGGGUGAUGUUGAAAAAUGUCCAAAAGUGGAACCCAAAGAUAAUGAAGAUUUCUGUAUAUUGAGUGAUAGCGCCAACGAUUGCAGACCAUACCUAGCACGAGUAUUUUCAGAACUACGUAUGUUAUACGAUAUAAAUGACAAAAAUAGAGCUUCCGAAUAUGAGGAUGCAUGUGGGCAAAGAAAAAAGUCCGCCAGCAAAAUCGAUGGCAAAGCAAGAAAGGAUGGUGGACAGGAUGUUCAGCAUAUUCCGGCCGUGAGUCAACCAAACGGCACGAGCAUCAAUAGCGAACGCCAUAAAAACUGUCUCAGUCAGCAUGGAGCCGUAUCCCGAAAUCAUGGCUGGGCCUGGCCAAAGACAUUCGCGGCCCGAAAGCUCGGCUGGCGACCUGGUGCCGUACGAAAACCGAUCAAGAAAAUAAUGGAAUACUUCUUGGAGUCGGCGGUCAACGAAUUGGAUGAACUGGAUGUGGAAAACGAGCCUCCGGAACCUGUGCUUAAUGUCUGCAAGAAGGACGGCGCCAUUUUCAUAACAUUACGACCACUUUCCACAUUGGGGAUGAUCCAAAAACCCAUUACAUUUCGAGUGGUCAAGAGUGAUUUGGCAGUGGCACUAAGUGAGAUCAAGGCCGAAUUAAAAGAGAAGGGUUUCCGGAAGUGCACCUGUCACAAGUCGGUAAUGAUGUGCCUGUGCCGCAGUGUUCGAGAGAAAAAGGACUUGGAGCGUGCCAUAAACAAGGAGUGCAAACAACGAAGGAUGCAAUCUUGUGCCGAGCAUUUGAUCCUUACCGAUACCAGUGAAAGUGAAAUGGAGUACGAUUUUAAUGUGACACCACCGGCGGGCAAUCGACAAGUCGCAAUGCCACGGAAACCUCGCACCACCAAUAAUGGCACACAGUACAGUAAAAAGGAUUUACAGUCAAUACCAACAAAAUAUCCAGUUAUUACGAGUCCCUAUUAUCGUGCCUUUGACUGUGCCACUUUUGGUCGCUAUAAAGCCAAGGAAGUACCACGUAAGAAGGCCAAAACGGUUGCUCUUCCACAGAAAAAGGAGGCCAAAACGGGUGUGAAACGUGGUCUUUAAUCGAACUAUUUGAUUUUUGAAGAUUAUCAAACAUAUUGGGAUGCGUAUCGAAACAUAUUCCGGAUCUGGUUAAAUAGGCCAAUAAGGGUUUUUCAUUAGGCGCCUUUCAUCUAUUUUGAUAUGCUUAAUAUAGUUUGAGUUUUGUUUCGCAUCAAUCACAUUGCAUCGAAAGCAUCUCAACGCCAAAAUCGAAAUAUAGUAUGGAAGCACUCCUAAUGAUAAAAUCUGGCGCUGGCAACGAAAUCUAUUUCGAUACGGAUCCUUAAUUAAUGAUAAUUCUCUCGCUAUUGUCUUACAUAUCAUGUGAUUUUUUGGAUUUCAACAAGAGUCUUUCGAUAGUUAUUCAUUA